AUGGAUCAUUCACAUGAAUGCAUGUUUACUCAAGGAUUAAUGGCAAUGAAAAAUACUCUUUAUUCUUUGGAUCAAAAUUUAGCUCAAAUAAAGCCGUGGAAAUUAAUCGUAGGAACUGCUGCUAGUGUGCUUAUUUUUCAGCACAUUCGACGUGUGUGGAAAGCAUCAGAGCAACCGUUAUAUUUCCGGCUUCGUGGUAAAAUUUUUUCCAUAAUUUGUCGGCUACCUACUGUGCGAAAAAAACUUGAAGAACAGUUAGAAAAUACACGGAAAAAAAUGUAUCAUGAAAUUCAUAAGUGUGACCAUACCGGUGUUUUCCACUGUGUACUCCCAGAAACUGGUCUGGAUAGUACAAAAAUUAUCAGUACAGCGAAAGAAUACAGUGAUAUGACGGAAACAGAUGUUUCAUCCGGUAAAGUGAGUGGUGCCGUUUAUACUGACCAUAACGAUAUACAACAUAACCUACUUUCGAAAGUGUUUGAUAUUUACGCAUUCUCUAAUCCACUUCAUCCUGAUGUUUUUCCCGGGUGUAGGAAAAUGGAAGCUGAAAUCGUUCAUAUAGUAGGAAAUCUCUUCCAUGGAGGAUCAGAUUGUUGUGGAACGGUACGCAAAAUUUUUUUUCAUACAUUCUACACUUCAAACAUUUUUGUUCAUGCUCGGAUGCUUAAAGUUACUUCGGGUGGGACAGAAUCAAUUGUUCUGGCAAUGCUUGCUUAUCGUAAUUUAGCAAAUGCUCGAGGCAUAUCAGAACCAGAAAUCUUGGUUCCAAUCACUGCUCAUGCAGCAUUUGACAAGGCAGCACAUUUAUUUGGUAUGCGCAUAAAACAUAUACCCGUUGAUGGUGAUCAAAAAGUCGACAUAAAUAAGAUGAAACGAGUUAUAUCAAGAAAUACUUGUGUUCUUGUUGGAUCAGCACCAAACUUUCCGACAGGUACAAUAGACAAUAUCGAAGAAAUCGCGAAAAUUGGACAAAGCUAUGACAUUCCGGUGCAUGUUGAUGCUUGUUUAGGGGGUUUCUUGAUAGUUUUUAUGGAAGAAGCUGGUUAUCCUCUGAAACUGUUUGAUUUUCGUCUCGACGGUGUUACAUCUAUAUCGUGUGAUACACACAAAUAUGGCUAUGCUCCAAAAGGAUCGUCGGUGGUAUUAUAUCGAAAACCGAAAUAUUUGCACUAUCAGUAUAUGAGCAUCCCAGGAUGGACUGGUGGUAUUUAUGCUACACCGACUUUAGCAGGAAGUCGCUCUGGUUUGGCGAUAUCACUAGCUUGGGCUACCUUGCUUUAUUUUGGGCAUUCUGGUUAUGUGGAACGGACUAAAGAAAUUAUUGCAUGUGCUCGUCGCAUAAGCUGUGCGAUUAUGAACGAAAUUGAUGGAUUACGUUUGCUUGGUACACCUGAUGUAUCUGUUGUAGCAUUCACUAGUGAUUCUUUCAAUAUUUAUGCCCUGGUAGAUGAAAUGUCUGCCCUUGGAUGGACUUUAAAUUCAAUACAAAAUCCUGCGGGAGCACAUAUAUGUGUUACGUACAACACAGCCCUUGCUGGUGCAUGGAAAUCGUUUACAAAUGAUUUGCGGAAAGUUGCUUGCAUUCUAAUGAACGACCCAAACAAAGAAAAAUGUUCAAACAUGGCUUCAAUAUACGGUCUUGCAGCAACUAUUCCGGAUAAACAAUUGGUCAGUGAUGUGGCUUAUUGUUAUUUAGAUGCUUGUUACGCUGCACCUCCAAAACUUUGA